AUGUCUCUCAAGCCUGAUGACCGGUCCCGCAAGGAUCGCUCUCGAUCUCGCUCUCGUGACCGUCGUUCAAGGAGCGAUGUCGCACCUGAGCGCCCUUCCUACAGCGAUAAUCGCGAGCCAAGUUACAUCUAUCCAGAGGAUGAUCUCAAUGAUCGCUAUAGUCGCCCAGGCGCACCGCAAGCAAGCGGCGCCCUACCUUAUCCCGAAGAGGGAGGAAUCUAUCCUGUGAUUCCCGGAAACUCAUCUCAGUACAGCUACGACCCUCGGCCGCCCACUUAUCGAACCGCUUCUCCGCCAAGAGACUCGCCAUAUCGUUCCUCACACGAAAGGGUCGACAGCAGCCUUCCAGGAGCCUUCCCAGAUGACCGCCACCGCGAGAAAGAUAGAGACCCAUACAUUCAAAAUGCAGAGCCUCGUGCUAAGGAAGACGAAGACAAAUUUAGCUUCCUGCCACAGAAGUACAUGCGCAAGCUCACUGGAUCUUCAGGCAACGACAAGGAGAAGGACAAGGAUGACGAUGGCUUGGCCUACGGAAAGCCUCCCGUGCCUGUGCGACCUAAAAACUCUUCGGACUUGGCUUAUGGAAAGGCCACCGGAGCUCCGUCAACCGCUAGCCAGGUUAUGACUACAUAUAACCCUCCCCCAGGUGCUGAAGACUCGUACUAUGCGCAACAACCACCCUACGGAUAUUCUCAUCGAGAAACCGGAAAUCCAUCCGUUGACCAGUAUGGUUCACGCAAGACAAGGGAAGAUGCACGAUACGACGACACCUACGGCUCGAGUGCCAACGUCAUGAACGUUGAGCCUCGAAGCCGCGACGAUGAGAAACACCGUGACCGACGCAGGGAUAGGUCUUCCGGUCCCCGAGUUAGCUCAGACCGCUUGACUGUCGACUCAAGUAGCCGAAAGCGCGAGAAGUCGCGCGACAGAUCACGAUCACGCCGGAGAGAUAAGUCGCCUCCACGAGAUACUCUGGGAGUAGACAAACACCACCGGCAUAGAUCACGAUCAAGGGACGGUCACAGAUCGCGGUCUAGGGACAAGCACCGAAGCCGAAAAGACAAGUCCCCUCAGCCCCCCAGUGAGAGAAUGUCAGGUCUCAGCAUCAACACUGGGCUGACUGUGGGAGGCUUGGCCGCCGGCGGACUGGCUGGCGCAUCUCUAGCCAAUGCACCUCCGUCGCCUAUGCUCGAGUCAUACUAUGGUACUUAUCAGGACUGUUCGCCCAUGCCGUCUCCUCUACUGCUAGCAUCAAAGCACCCAAGCGAUGACAAUAAAGCUCUUGAGGCGCUCUCUCCAUUGGGUUCUGAUAAUGAGGGCGAUGGCAGACGCCGUAGCCGGCGUGCCCGCUUCCAUGACUCCGAAGAUAUCACCACUCAACUUGCACAGGCCCUCAAGGGGAGCCACCGUCCCGACACCGAGCCACUCAUUGAAAUCCUACCAAGCUUGACGCACGAUCAAGUGAUGAAGCUUCGCGCGGAUUACAAGGCACUUGUCAAGACGGGUUCUGAGCGCAAAGGCGUGAACAUCGCCAAGCAUAUUCGUGCUCGUCUCAAAGACGAAGAUCCGUUAUUGAUGAAGGCCUGCUACUCCGUUGCUCUCGGCAUGUGGGAGAGCGAGGCGUACUGGGCCAAUUUCUGGUAUCAGGGCGACAAGACUCGCAGGGAGCUUCUCAUUGAGUCUCUUAUGGGACGCACCAACGGUGAAAUACGUUACAUCAAGGAUGCAUUCACAGAUAAGAAAUAUGACAACAGCCUCGUCAAGUGUAUGAAGGAAGAACUUAAAGAAGACAAGUUCAAAAAGGCUGUUCUCCUUGUUUUGGAAGAGCGGCGCAUGGAGGAAUACGAUCAUUAUGGUCGGCUUGUGCCAAUUGACUAUGCUCUUGUUGACCAGGACGUGGCUGACUUGCGUCGAUCUGUGAGGUCUGAAAAGGGUGGCGAGACGGCGAUGAUCAACAUCAUCAUACUUCGAAGCGACUCUCAUCUGCGCGCCAUUCUGCAGGAAUAUGAGCGACAGUAUCGCUCCAAUUUUGCUCGCGACGCUCUCAAGAAGAGCGGAAAUCUUGUGGGUGAACUCUUAGCCCAUAUCCUCAAUGGUGUUAUCAAUCGUCCUGUUCGUGAUGCCCUCCUCAUCCAUCACGCCACCUCAGCGUCCCGUAAAGAUGGCCUUCGCCGUGAGCUACUCAUCUCACGUCUCGUUCGAUACCACUGGGAUCCACACCACAUGCGCGCUGUGAAGCAAGCCUUCCGGGAGCGCUAUGGCAGGGCCAUGAGAGACGCCGUUCGCGAUGCGACGAGCGGUGAAUGGGGCGAAUUCUGUGGUGAAUUGUGUAUUGCACGUAUGCCUGACGACGUCAGAAAAUUUGACAAGGUCAGCUAUAGCGUGAGAUGA